AUGACCCAUAUAACUCUGAAACUUAAGUACAAAACGGGCUGGCAAAGGCCCUUCGUUCAUUAUGAAGCAGCAGCAGAUGCGGGGUCCUGCGGCGGCUGGCUAGACGCUCAAUUAGAGCCCAGCGAACUGGAGGGCUGGCAAGAGGGUUUGCUGCUGCUGCCUGCGGAGGCCCAGCGGCUCGAGUUUGUCUUCAAAGAAAAAGAAGGAAGGGUUUGGGACAACCCCCCGAGCCCCAACAGGCGGAACAACUACUUGGUGGACUUGGAGCCGAAGGAAGCAGAAGUCACUUUGGUGGUUGCUGACGGCGAGGCCGCCGCGCUGUACCUCCACCGCGCCCCCAGCAGCAGCAGCAGCAGCAGCAGCAGCAGCAGCAGCAGCAGCAGCAGCAGCAGCAGCAGCAGCAGAGUGUUGGUUGUGACGGACCUCGACGGAACUCUUUUGGGCCAUAAUGACUUUUUGGAAAAGUUCAAAAGACACUGGACGCUCCGCCACCUCUGGAGAGGCUCCAAACUGGUGCGCCCAGCUGUACAGACACCGCAGCAGCAGCAGCAGCAGCAGCAGCAGCAGCAGCAGCAGCAGCAGCAGCAGCGGCUGUGCAGACGCCGCAGCAGCAGCGGCUGCGCACACGCCGCAGCAGCAGCAGGUGUGCACACGCUGCAGCAGCAGCAGGUGUAUAGACACCGCAGCAGCAGCAGCUCUGCAGACACCGCAGCAGCAGCAGGUGUAUAG